AUGGCGAGCCGCUACCCUAAAGUCAAAACAGUAGGACCAACUAUUCCAUUAAUGUACCUUGACAAAAGCUCGGAGGACAAAGAUUAUGGGCUCACUCUCUUCAAGCCAGAAACUGUAGCAUGCAAGGAAUGGCUUGACACAAAAUCAACUGGCACAGUAGUUUAUGUAUCAUUUGGAAGCAUGACAUGCCUUAGCAAAGAGCAAAUGAAAGAAAUAGCAUGGGGUCUGGCAAACAGCCAAUGUUUCUUCUUGUGGGUAGUUCGAGGUCCUGAGGAGGGCAAACUUCCAAGAAACUUCGUUGCCGAGGUAGGUGAAAAAGGACUAAUAGUAAAGUGGUGCCCUCAACUUGAAGUUUUGGCUCAUGAGGCUGUAGGGUGUUUCUUGACUCAUUGUGGUUGGAAUUCCACUCUUGAGGCAUUGACUUUGGGAGUGCCAAUGGUGGUUAUGCCACAAUCCAGCGAUCAGUGGACAAAUGCAAAGUUAAUUGCGGAUGUUUGGCAAUCUGGGAUGAAGCUUGAGGCUUGAGAAGAUGGAAUAGUGAGAAGGGAAGAAGUGGAGAUCAGAAUAAGAGAAACCAUUGUUGGAGAAAGAUCAACUGAGCUCAAUGAGAAUGCUGCAAAAUGGAAGGAUUUGGCUAAGAAGCAAUGGGUGUAGGUGGGAGUUCUUGUGCAAACAUUGAACAGUUUGUUGAAUCCAUUUUGCAAAUUAACUGAUCAUGCUUUUUGAAGAUCAAAGCAAUAGCAGGAAUUGGAGAAGAUAAUAAGAUUUGAUUUUGAGACAGAAAAUGCACUGCAAAGAACACAAAUCUAUGCAGUGUAUCUCAGCAUCAUGAUUCGAAAAGAAGAGGAAAAGACUGUAAUCAAAAUUCCAUUUACAUUUUAUUAGGAUAAAAUUACAUAAGCUUGAUUGCUUGGUACUCUGAAUUCAAUGGAUAAAAAUUGCAGCAUCAUCUGUAC